AUGCUAUGUCAAUCGUCACCCACACCAGACACUCCCAAUAUUGUACUAGCCGCUCAAGAAACCAAGGCGUCACGAUCAGUUCUUCUCGCAACGGCGAUUGUGAUCCUUGAGGAUCAAUUUGGAAACACCAUGCAAGCUAGAGCACUACUUGACAGUGGCUCUCAGCUCUGCUUCAUAUCAGGACGAGCAUCACAGUGCCUGAAGUUCAAGCGAUCUCGUGAGGCACUUUCUGUUAGUGGUAUCGGUCAAGUCGCUAAGAAGUGUAAGCAGUCAAUCUUUGCUCGGGUUCGCUCACGUCUUUCGUCGUUCACUGGGGAGGAUAAUUUCUACGUUCUACCUCAAGUUACACUGAAUCUUCCUAUCCGGAGGAUUGAUUCCACCAAAUUACAGCUUCCGGUAGACAUCGCCCUCGCAGAUCCGAUGUUUACGGAGCCUGGUUGCGUGGAUCAAUUACUAAAAGGUGAAGGAUUCAACUUGCGAAAAUGGAGCAGCAACUGUCCAGCCAUUCUGGAGAAAAUACCAGCAGAACUUCAAGACGUUCGUGCUUUGUUCGAGCUUGACGACUCAAGUGCUACCAUCAAAACUCUUGGGCUGAUUUGGGAGCCUAGGAUCGACGUUUUUCGCUUCAAGGUGCCGGAGUGGAACUCAUCGGUCAUCUGCAAGCGAUCAGUUAUCUCCGAUUUGGCUCGAAUUUUUGAUCCUCUCGGGCUAAUUGGAACUGUAACCGUUUCAGCCAAAAUAUUCGUCCAAAGUCUCUGGAAACUGAAGGUGUCUUGGGACGAACCUCUGCAAAACGAACUUCGGAAGCAACGGGCCGAGUUUCGAAUAAGUCUGUCCAGGCUUGAAUUCCUGGAAAUCCCAAGGUGGAUCGCAUAUCGGAAAAACUGUCUUUCUGUAGAGCUUCAUGGUUUUUGCGAUGCUUCGACGAAGACCUACGGGGCGUGCAUAUAUGUUCGGUGUACGAAUUCAGAUGGGAAAAUCACCACUAAUUUGCUGGUAGCAAAGUCACGAGUCUCCCCGCUAGCAGAGCUGGGAAAGAAAAGGAAGCAGCUCACAAUUCCUCGGCUAGAGUUGUCCUCCGCUGUACUGUUAGCUCAUCUCUACGAGAAAACAGUUGCAAGCAUUCCGGUUUCCGCCCAGUCAUUUUUCCACACCGACUACAUGAUUGUGCGUUACUGGAUCUCAUCAAAUCCGUCGCGGUCCCAAAUGUUCGUGGCGAAUAGGAUCUCGGAAGUGCAACACCUGACGAAAAAUGGUACGUGGAGUCACGUAGCAGGAACGGAGAAUCCAGCGAAUGCUUUUUCGCGCGGCAUUACACCAGGAGAUCUACAAAACAAUUCGCAGUGGUGGAAAGGUCCACCCUGGCUGAAACAAGAAAGGGAAUACUGGCCAGAAACCCAAGAAGUCGUAUUGGAAGAACUGGAUCGAUCGCACCUCGAGGAAAGUUCUGCUGUAGUAUCCGUAGCUACAAUCUCACCACCAAGUGACAUCUUCAGCCUACGUUCCACAUUGCACCGACUGGAAAAACUUGUUGCACUACUGCUGCGUUUUAAAUACAACACUCUCCAUGCACGCGGGUCAAUCUCCAAAAGGCUCGGUGUGGUGACACUCUCGGAGCGAGAGGACGCGCUACAGAAACUAGUGAAAUUGUCACAGUAUGAAUGUUUCUCCCAAGGAAUCGUCGACCUUGAAAGAAAGGGGGAAGUUUGCCCAACGUCUCGAAUCAGGACAUUACACCCACGUUUGAUUGAAGGCGUACUCCGAGUCGGCGGCCGGCAGGAAAAUGCCCCAAUCUCCAUGAAUCGGAAGCAUCCCAUACUGUUGGACAAAAAUCAUCCCCUGACAUUCAUGAUCAUGCGUCGUUUCCACUUUGAACAUCUUCACGCUGGACCUCAACUGUUGGUAGCCAGUGUACGCGAACAAUAUUGGCAUCUCAGCGCUCGAAGUCUUGCUCUCGUGCAUGAUCAAUUGAUGGCCGAUCUCCCAGUGGAACGAGUCACUCCAGCUCCACCUUUUCUCCGGGUUGGCAUUGAUUAUUGUGGUCCUUUCCUGAUCUGCUACCCCAACAGAAGGCGAACUACAGUGAAGCAUUACGCUGCAAUCUUUGUAUGCCUGGUCACCAAAGCGGUUCACAUUGAGAUGGUUGCAGAUUUAACGACUUCAGGGUUUGUGGCCGCUCUGAAGAGGUUCGUGGCCAGGAGGGGGAAACCGGUCCUAAUAAUGUGCGACAACGGGUCCAACUUUGUUGGAGCAAGGCGGCAGCUAGACGAAUUAGCUGCACUUUUCAAGGAUCAGCAGUCCCAGUGUUCAAUCGCAGCUGGCGCUGCGGACAUAGGUAUUGAAUUUAAAUUCAUUCCAGCCAAAUCCCCAAACUUUGGCGGUUUGUGGGAGGCGGCAGUCAAGUCAAUGAAGCAGCAUUUGAAGAAGACGAUUGGCCUAAGAACGGUUACUCCCGAUGAGCUCAACACGGUCUUGACACAAAUCGAAGCGUGUCUGAACUCCAGGCCGCUCACGCAAAUCAGUAACGAUCCUAGCGACUUGGGCGUACUGACACCCGGCCAUUUUCUUGUGCAGCGACCGCUGACUGCGGUGGCAGGGCCGUGGCUGAAGGAUAUUCCAGAAGGUCGACUCUCCAGGUGGCAGCAGGCGGAAAACUUUGUCCAGCGAGUGUGGUCCAGAUGGUCCACGCAAUACUUGUCCGACCUGCAUAACAGGACCAAGUGGUCCCGGCAGAAGAACAAUUUAUUUGUUGGCACUAUGGUGCUGAUCAAGGAGGACAACCUCCCUCCUCUUAAAUGGCUCCUAGGCAGAGUGACUCAGGUUCAUCCCGGAGCCGAUGGAAAUAUCAGGGUCGUCACCGUGCGGACCAGGGAUGGGAAUUUCGUUCGUGCUAUCUCAAAGAUAUGCAUCCUACCCAUUUCUGACAACGACCAACCACCAACGACUGGGGAGAACUAG